UUAAUCUGCGACAAGCGACGCUACAAACAGUGGCGCACAAUCUCAAAGCACAAACAGAAGGAAAUAGCGCAAUAGAAGCGGAUUCACCGCAACACAAACGACCCGAAGUCUCCAGGAGACCCUUUUGUUUUCUAUUUUUAGUGAAUCUGAGCUUCCGAGAUGUCUCUGGCAGACGAGCUCCUGGCCGACCUGGAGGAGGCCGGAGACGAGGGGGAGGACGGACUGUACGCCGAGGGAGACGAGGGGGAGAUUGAUGGCGAUGCGAUUCAGGGAAGGACGGACGGAGGGCUGGAGGACAUCCCAGAGGAGAUGGAGGUGGACUACAGUAAAGCAGAGAGCGUCGCGUCCAUCGCCAAGCUCCGCAACAGCAAACAGUUCUCGGAGAUCAUGGACAAAAUUUCAGGAUACAUCGGAAAACAGCGCAAGAACUCGGAGGUCUCGGGUCCAGUGGAGGCCGACCCAGAAUACCGGCUGAUCGUAGCAGCAAAUAACCUCACAGUGGAGAUCGACAACGAGCUCAACAUCAUCCACAAGUUCACCAGAGACAAAUACUCCAAGAGGUUUCCGGAGCUCGAGUCUCUGGUUCCAGAUUCUUUAGACUACAUCCGUACGGUCAAGGAACUCGGGAACAAUCUGGAGAAAUGCAAAAACAAUGAAACUCUGCAGCAGAUCCUCACCAACGCCACCAUCAUGGUGGUCAGCGUCACGGCGUCCACCACUCAGGGGUCGAUGCUGACCGAGGACGAGCUGAAGCAGCUGGAGGAGGCCUGCGACAUGGCGCUGGAGCUGAACCAAUCCAAACACAGGAUUUAUGAAUACGUGGAGUCCAGGAUGUCCUUCAUCGCCCCCAAUCUGUCCAUCAUCGUCGGAGCGUCAACGGCGGCGAAGAUCAUGGGAAUCGCCGGAGGCCUCACCAACCUGUCCAAGAUGCCGGCCUGUAACCUGAUGCUGCUGGGAGCUCAGAGGAGAACGCUGUCGGGCUUCAGCAGCACCUCCCUGCUGCCCCACACCGGCUUCAUCUACCACUGUGACGUCGUCCAGUCUCUGCCGCCGGACCUCAGGAGGAAGGCGGCUCGUCUGGUGGCGGCUAAAUGCACUCUGGCAGCUCGAGUGGACAGUUUCCACGAGAGUUCAGACGGAAAGGUCGGCUAUGAUCUGAAGGAGGAGAUCGAGAGGAAGUUCGACAAAUGGCAGGAACCUCCACCGGUGAAGCAGGUCAAACCGCUGCCAGCUCCUCUGGACGGACAGAGGAAGAAGAGGGGAGGACGAAGGUACAGGAAGAUGAAGGAGCGACUCGGCCUCACGGAGAUCAGGAAACACGCCAACAGGAUGACCUUCGCUGAGAUCGAGGACGACGCCUACCAGGAGGAUCUGGGCUUCAGUCUGGGUCAGCUGGGGAAGAGCGGCAGCGGCAGAGUCCGGCAGGCUCAGGUCAACGAGGCCACCAAGGCCCGCAUCUCCAAAUCCCUCCAGAGGACGCUGCAGAAGCAGAGCAUGACGUACGGAGGGAAGUCCACGGUCCGAGAUCGAUCCUCAGGAACCAGCUCCAGUGUGGCCUUCACACCUCUACAGGGUCUGGAGAUCGUCAAUCCUCAGGCUGCAGAGAAGAAGGUGGCUGAAGCCAACCAGAAGUAUUUCUCCAACAUGGCCGAGUUCCUGAAAGUCAAGAAGGAAGCUAAGAUGUGAACACACUGUCACACACACACGGACACUGAGCAGAGUGUUUUCAGGUCGCUGUUGUGCUUCGUCCUGGAUUUUACUUUCGUUUUUGGUUUUAUUGUUUCUCAGUUUGAAUAAAGAUGUGAAGAUUCCA